AUGGAUACACACGUGCCGGAAGAGCGGCCAUCGAUAUCAGGCCAUCUGCCGUCGUACCGCCUGGGCGACCGGCUGCGCGUGAACUGCAGCUCGGGCCCGGCCAUGCCGGCGCCCCACCUGACCUGGUUUAUCAAUGGCGAAGAGGUUGGCCCUCACCUCAUUCGCGCUUACCAGCUCAGCGUCUCCGAAUACCUGAAGUCGUCCGUGCUACAGCUCGUCUCGGAGGUGCGGCACAACUUCUUCCGGGACGGCAUCAUGAAGUUGAAGUGUACCAGCGCCAUCGGCGAAAAGUACUGGCAAAGCACGGAGACGCUGAUUGGCCAGCUGGGUGACCCGCGGCGCGGGACGCCGAGCCAGCUGGCGGGUCGGGCAGGUCAGAGAUACGCCGACCAGCAGAUGGAGGUGCGGCACAACUUCUUCCGGGACGGCAUCAUGAAGUUGAAGUGUACCAGCGCCAUCGGCGAAAAGUACUGGCAAAGCACGGAGACGCUGAUUGGCCAGCUGGGUGACCCGCGGCGCGGGACGCCGAGCCAGCUGGCGGGUCGGGCAGGUCAGAGAUACGCCGACCAGCAGAUGGAGGUUACUUUACAGUUCACAGCUUAG